GUUUUAUUAUGGCUGUCUGAGCGUUUUUGAUACUCAGUAAUUAAAAGUCUUUAGUGGUAAACAUGCCAGCACUUGCAUGCACAGGUGAUAGACUGCCUAUACGGGUUUUGGGAUGGGGACCCUUGAUUGUGGUAUCGAUUUUGCUGCUGGGUACUGUGCAGUCCAUCAAUGCCUCUACUAACGGUACGAAUCAUGGCAAUGCAACGGGCCGAAAUGCGAAUCAUGGUUCACAUCCCAACAUCAGCUCUGGGCAUCACAAAAGGGCUUUUCCAGUGCUCACAGUCGACUAUGACAAGGUGCGGAUGCCUUUCGAGAUCUCAGUGUGGAUUUUGCUUGCGUCUUUAAUGAAAUUAGGUUUCCAUGUGAUCCCGCGUCUUUCCAGUGUGGUGCCAGAGAGCUGCCUGCUGAUUACGGUGGGCCUACUGGUGGGGGGGCUCAUAAAGGUGAUGGGUAAGACCCCCCCUGUGCUGGACACCAAACUCUUCUUCUUAUGCCUCCUUCCCCCAAUCAUUCUCGAUGCCGGCUAUUUCCUACCCAUCCGACCUUUCACGGAGAACGUGGGAACCAUCCUGGUGUUUGCCGUGGUGGGAACCCUUUGGAACGCAUUCUUCAUGGGGAGCGUUCUGUACGGAGUGUGCCAGAUUGAAGGGACCAACCUGGGGGGCGUGGAUCUCCUGGCCUGCCUCCUGUUUGGAUCCAUUGUGUCAGCAGUGGAUCCUGUGGCUGUGCUGGCUGUGUUUGAGGAGAUCCACAUCAAUGAGCUACUGCAUAUCCUGGUGUUUGGAGAGUCUUUGCUUAAUGACGCCGUUACAGUGGUUCUCUACCACCUGUUUGAGGAGUUUGCCAAUGUCGGCGCGGUCACUCCCGGAGAUGUUUUCUUGGGCGUGCUAUGUUUCUUCGUGGUGGCUUUCGGAGGGGUGCUUGUCGGGGCCAUGUAUGGCCUCCUGUCAGCCUUCACCUCCCGGUUCACCUCCCACACGCGGGUCAUCGAGCCGCUGUUUGUGUUCCUGUACAGCUACAUGGCAUACCUGUCAGCAGAAGUCUUUCACCUGUCCGGCAUCAUGUCACUAAUUGCUUGUGGUGUGGUGAUGCGUCCUUAUGUGGAGGCCAACAUUUCCCACAAGUCUUACACGACGAUCAAGUACUUCUUGAAGAUGUGGAGUAGCGUGAGUGAGACCCUCAUCUUCAUUUUCCUGGGCGUGUCUACGGUGGUCGGGCCGCAUGUGUGGAACUGGACGUUUGUUGUUGCCACUCUUCUCCUCUGCCUUGUCUCCCGAGUGCUCGGAGUGAUUGGACUAACCCUCAUCAUCAACAAAUUCCGCAUUGCCAAGCUUACCAAUAAAGACCAGUUCAUUGUUGCCUACGGUGGCCUGAGAGGAGCUAUAGCAUUCUCACUGGCGUUCCUGUUGUCCAAGGAUCAUUUUCCCAUGAAGCACAUGUUCCUCACAGCCAUCAUCACCGUAAUCUUCUUCACUGUUUUUGUUCAGGGAAUGACAAUUCGACCUCUGGUUGACCUUCUGGCUGUGAAGAAGAAAAAGGAGACAAAAAAUUCUAUAAAUGAAGAAAUCCACACACAGUUCCUAGACCAUUUACUUACUGGUAUUGAGGAUGUAUGUGGACAUUAUGGACACCACCAUUGGAAGGACAAACUAAACCGGUUUAAUAAGAAAUAUGUGAAGAAGUGGCUGAUCGCAGGAGAACGCUCAAAGGAGCCGCAGCUAAUAUCUUUCUACCAUAAGCUGGAGCUGAAACAGGCUUUAAUGCUGGCAGAGAGUGGAAGUGGGGCCAGCCUGACAAGAGCACACUCUUCCACUGCCUCUAUGCAGAAUGUCCAGCCCAAGAGGCAGAAGAGCGGAAGAGCGAUACCACAGAUUUCCAAAUAUCGAGAAGAGGAGAUCCGAAAGAUUCUGAGGGCUAAUUUGCAAAAGACCCGCCAGAAGCUGCAUUCCUACAACAGACACACUCUGGUUGGCGAGGGUUUAGAGGACAGCUGGAGUGAAAUGCGUCUGAGAAAACAGCGGAUGGCGCUAGAGAGGAGGAUGAGUCACUAUCUGACAGUUCCAGCAAAGCGAGCAGAAUCCCCCCCCAUGAGGAGAGCCAGAUUUGAGUCAGCUGGUUUCAUUAGAACCCCCAAACCACGAUUGCGUUUUCUGUACUGGCAUAUUAGUAAGACCAGUUUCAAUCUUCUUUCAGACAACCAGGUGUACAGGACCAAACCCAGUCCGUCUGACGUUCCCAGCAUCAGUGUAGAGCAGGUCUCAGCCAAGCCACCGGACUCCGUCAGAGUGCUGGAUGAAGUGAUCCAGAAGGCUGGCAGGAGCCAAGAAAGCACCCACAGAGGAGGAGACGACUCCCCCAAGAGCCGAGAGGAGUCUCGUGGAGGUCAGGUACGAAAGCCCAGCGUGAAAUUUGCCCUGGGGGAUGAAGACCAACAGAAACUGUCUCGCUGCUUCAGCGACCCGGGGCCGAACAAAAUCGAUGAAGAGGAUGAAGAACUCUUCCUGUCUUGA